AUGGCUAACGGCGGCAACUACCACUGGGGCCAGUCCCUCAGACAGACUCGAGGGCCUCAGCCCCUCUCUGCAGACCACUCAUUCCUGUGCAGCAGCCCUGCGAUUCGCACCGACAACAGCCCCUACCUGAUGGAGGUUCAAAGGGGGGCGAGGAGACAAACAGGCUAUGGGUCAUUCAAUGCUACCCAGAGAGCAGAGGGCCUGGCCUGGCUGGGCCAGGUGGGGAGGAAGAGCCAGAAGCAUGUGGGAGCCAAAUGGCCUCGCUCGUACCCGGCCUCGCUGGUCAGCAUGGAGGUGGACAUGGGCCAGAUGAGUGCGGCGGCGGAACCAGAGAUCCAGCAGACAGACGUGAAGGAAGUCACUGCGCUUUUCAACAGCGCUGACGCUAAGAAGAUGGUGUUCUACCUUCACGGUAUACCCAAGCUGAUCAAAGCUGAGCUGGAGCGCAUAGUGGCGGGGGCGCUCUGAAACGUCGUCUUCGAGAGCAGCGAGAACAAGAUGGAGAUGAAGGACAACGAGGGCGUGGCCCCUGCACUGUGUCUGCUCAGGAGAAGUCGCGACAUAGCGACCCGGCGGCAGCUCACUGGGCUGUUGUGGAACCUAUCCUCCCAUGACCUGCUGAAGGAGCAUUUCUCCAAAGAGGCCAUGGAGAUCCUGACCACUUCUGUGCUGGUGCCCUGCUCAGGCCUGUCUGAGGGGGAGAACCCCAAAGACGCCAUGCUGGCUGACCCAGACACCUUUUACAACGCCACUGGCUGCCUCCGAAACAUAAGCUCGGCUGGUCCAGAAGGGAGAUCAGCCAUGUGGCAGUGUGAGAACCUUAUUGACUCAGUGGUAAUACUACAUCCCUUUUGUGCAAAGUGUUCACUUGUUUAUUUUCAUACAAGCAUUACUGAACAUUUAACCACUUCUUACCUCCCACAGUCCACAGAGAACUGUGUGUGCAUCCUACACAAUCUCUCCUACCAGGUGGAGCUUCCACAGAAGUAUGCCAGCGACCUCCAUGAGUCUCGACUCAACCUGGCUCCAAAGAACAAGACCCCCGGCUGUUUCGGCUCCCGCAGUGCCAAAAUCAUCCAGCGUCUUGAACCAAAGUGCCCUCUGCUGGAGGAGAAGGGUAGUCCCUGUGGGAUAGAGUGGCUGUGGAGCGCCAUCACAGUGCGCAUGUACCUGUCAAUCAUGGCACGCAGCAUCUGUCCCUACACCCAGGAGGCUGCCAUCGGAGCCCUACAGAACAUCACAGCUGGGAACGGCCUGGUAUCCCAGGCCAUCGCCCACACCAUAGUAGAGCGGGAGAAUGGUCUACUCCAGGCCAUGAAGAUGCUCCAGGAAGGAGGGAUGGUUGUGAAGAAGACUGCUGUGUCCCUGCGAUGUAACAUCUCACGCUACAGAGAGCUUCACGCUCACAUUGUCAAACAGUUGUUGCCACAGCUGGUGGUCAUGUUACCCAACUCAGACACGAGCACAGACCUGCCUACAGAGGUGACUGUGUCCCUGUGCCACAUCCUCAUCAACCUGAGCCAGGACGAGACGCAGCACGUCAGGGCCAUCGUCAACCACGGGGCGCUGCCCAAGAUCAUCAACAUCAGCGCAAAGGACAACGGGUUUGGUCCCACCAGGGCUGGCCAGGCAGCCUGCAUCCUACUACACAGCAUGUGGAGCCACUCAGAGCUCCACAGGGCCUAUAGGAAGAUAAGGCCCCAUACACAGUAUAACCUCAAAGGAUAAGAAACAUUUUGUGUGGUGACAAUAGUUUUUAAUUAAUCUGUGUUGCUUUUCCUCUCAUCAUUUGGUAGGCUGGAUCUAAGAAAGCAGACUUCGUCAACAGCAGGACAUCAAAGGCUGUACAUUAAAUACGGGACUAAGUGGACAAUCACAUAGCAUUGUGCUGAUUGAGGCAAUAGUGUAGUUUCUCUUCUGUGUGCACUUGGAUGACUCAAUUCACUGCUUUUAUAAAAUACUUGUUUUGUGUGUUGACUUCUCCACUGUGUGUGAGUGUGUUCCAGUAACAACAAUUGCUGAAAGCUCUUGGUAGCAGACCAAGCUGUCUACAAUGGGGAAAAACAAUGAUUAAAAACUAAAAUGGAGGAUCAGCAAUGACUUGAAUUCCAUUUGUAGGAAGGAUUUUGAGGAAGAAAAUGAAUCCGCAUAGAAGUGGAAGACAAGAUAAGGGUAACAUUAUCUACUGUAUGUUAUGAAUUAAUAUCAUAACUGAAGUAACUAACUGAAGUUGUAAAAUAUAGUUUUGAUGUUAACAUAGUUGGUUGUAAACUAUAUUAAAUUAACUACCUGUUGGUCUAUUACAAAUGUCCACAAUCAUGGAUAUUUUUUGGGGGGGUCAAUCAAUCUAACAGAGCCACGAACGUCGCAGAUAUACAUGGUUUCUUAUUCUACAAUGUUACCAAUGGGCAGAUUCGAUUAUGCUGAAACGCGGAGCACCGGGCAUGAACCAGUAACGUAAUUGGGCGAAAGC